AUGCCUCGCUAUCCCAGCCCGCGCACAAUGGCAGGACUCCUGCGCUCGGCCGAUUGGAUCGGGACGGUGUCCUUUGCCUACAGCGGCUCCCUGCUGGCGGCGGCGGCAGGCAUGGACGCUUUUGGGAGCUGCGUAGUGGGUUGCAUCACCGCCGUGGGGGGUGGCACUGUGCGCGAUCUGCUCAUUGGCAAUGCACCCGUCUUCUGGAUGCAAGAGGUUGAGUAUCUGGCCAUGAGCAUUGUAGCGGCCCUCGCCGCCUUUAUCAGUCUCCCCGCUGGCGGGCUUGCUGAGGAUGGCUUGGUGCUGCGCUGGACCGAUCACCUGGGCGUCGCUGCGUUUGCCGUCAUUGGCGCUCAGAAUGGCCUUCGUCGAAACUUGGCCCCCCUCAUUUGUGUCGUCUGCGCCAUCUUCACGGCCACGUUUGGUGGGCUGACCCGUGACGUCCUUGUCAAUCGUCCGGUGUAUGCCACCUGCGCCGCCGCCACGGGAGCCGUCUAUCUGGGCAUGCGUGCCCUUGGGGCCAAGCCAGCCAUGCGCAUUGCCGCAGCCGUGCUAUUUGGCACGCUACUACGUGAAUUGGCUACGGUCAAUCAGUGGCGCCUUCCCACCGCCAUCGAUGACGCACAGCGAACCCACGUUGACCUUUAG